AUGGCAGAAGAAGCCGAUAAAAAUGCGAGAGUGUACCUCCAAAGAUUUGAGAAAUUUCACGGUCCCUUAGAAGAUGAUCUAGGUGUGUUAAUAAAGAAAUUCGCUGAUAUAGAGAUAAAAAAAUUUUGGUUUACUAAUGAGGGACUACCAUUAUUUCCAAAUGUCUCUCCUCAACAAUUGCAUGAAAUUUUCGUCAAAAAAUCAGCUAGCAUUAAUCAGUGCCCAUGUCUAGAAUCAAAA